CCUCCGUGAAAAGAAAGAAAGAAGAAGAAGAAGAAAAAAGCUCUUCCCCACGCUUGCAAAACACUUUCCCCAAAUUAAACCCUAAUACGCUCAGCUCCUCUGCCUUCCCCGCCUCCGGCGGAAAGAAAUCCUAUGCGACCCAUGGAACAACGACCCAGUGCAUGGACCCAUAUCUAACCCGUUCAAUCUAACCCAGCGGAGAGAGAUCGAGUUAGAUGCAUCGGGAUUCACAGCGGCGAGAAGAUCGUGCGUUUCCAAAAAAAGGUCCAUCGUUGGGUCGUUCCACGGAGGGUCGCCUCGCUUGGCGAGGAAGGCCUCAGCAGCCGCGCCCUGCAGACCCUGAGCCGCCCCGCCGCCAAUUCAGGCAAGGCCAGCUCCCCUGACGAGAAAGGCGUCAGCAGACGCGCCCUGCAGAUCUGGAACCUCCCCGACGCCCCGCAUGGAGAGAAAGGCUUCCACGGCCGCACACUGCGGAUCCUGGACCGCCCUGUCGCCGUCCCCCCAAAGCGCCCCGCCUCCCCUUGGCCCUCUGCCCAAGAUCUCGCCAGGAUCGGAACAGCCACCCCACCUCGAGACGCCGUCGCUGCUCAAGGGGAAUUUGCGUGUCUUGCCAGAGGAACAAAAGCAACCCCAUCCAUCUCAAGUUGCAAUCUCACGUUCCGCUUUAAAGGGGAAGUAUGCAAGGAGUCGACCUGGUUGGGCUACCGAGGAAAGGAUUAGUUCUCCUCAAGAUUUCAACAUGGAGCAGCAUGCUUGGAGGUUUAAGCCAUGUUUCCGCGAAACCCCGGGUAGUAUUUAUGCUGCCCCAGGUUUUGUUAAUCCUGGACGUCCAGUUGUACUGAGGGAGAGGACAGAACCUGAGGAGGUAAGGAAUGCACGCCGCGAAAGAAGAGUUGCCCUCAGACAAAAGGCUUCACGUCACCAUGCCAAGCUAGCUCUGCGUAAAUAUAACAGAGUAAACAACACCGAGUUUCAGCUGCUGGAGGUACGGGCAAUCUCUUUGUUUUUUGAGUUUGGAGGGGGUUGCCUUCACUAUAACUUCAGUGCUAAGUCUGAAGAUCCCCAUUCUGCUGAUGCCGGCAGUACCAAGCUAUUCUUCUUGGAAGCUAAUUACUUUUUUCGGAAUGAGAAGGAUCUGCUGCUGUGCUGUAUAGUUGGGGAAAACGAUGCAGGGCAUUGCUAUGGCUGCGAAGGCCGCCAGCCAAUGGUUAUCCACCCAAGCAGCCAGGCAUACGGCGGUGGUAGCAGUACCUGCAUUAACUUUCCAGGUUCAGACGGCACAAGCUCAGACAGCGAUUAGCUUCGUCUGAAGAGCUCGAUGAUUAAUUAGCUGGCUUGUCUAUCUGAUUAGUCUUCUGGCUUGCUCUUGCGAAGAAAAAUGUACUUGUGGCAAUGCCUUAUAUAUAUAUAUAUAUACAUAUAUAUAUAUAUAUACUGAAAGUUGACGCGUCAAUUCAAUGUUCCCGUUUGAUCGUAUAAAUGUCAUACCCGCUCCAUCGACAUGCUUAAGCUUGCAGCUGAUUUGUUUGCGUCUUUUGACAUUUUAAUUUACCAAAAAUUGUAACGACUUUA